CAAGCUGUUUAACGUCGCCGAUUUUGAAGGUUGGCUCGAGACAGGUUAGAGUGUCUGUUGGAGAUAAACAACUUGCUUUUACUCUGUUGGGAAACACGUUGCUCGAGGAUGGCAGACAAAUUCUACGAGCUAACAGCCAAAGGUUUAACGGGAGAGACGUUUGAGUUUUCCUCUCUGAAGGGGAAAGUUGUCCUCAUUGAGAAUGUCGCAUCUCUCUGAGGUACGACCACCAGGGAUUACACCCAGAUGAACGAGCUCCACGAACGCUACGCCAGCAAGGGGCUUGUGAUUCUGGGAGUGCCCUGCAACCAGUUCGGCCAUCAGGAGAACUGCAAGAAUGAUGAAAUACUGCUGUCUCUCAAGUAUGUCCGCCCUGGAAAUGGCUUUCAGCCAAAGUUCCAACUCCUGGAAAAGGUGGAUGUGAAUGGGAAGGAUGCCCAUCCACUGUUUGUGUUCCUGAGAGAGUCACUUCCAUUCCCCAGUGAUGAUCCGUCCGCCUUCAUGAGUGAUCCCAAGUUAAUCAUCUGGAGCCCUGUGUGCAGGAAUGAUGUGGCCUGGAACUUUGAGAAGUUCCUCAUUGGGCCUGAUGGCGUGCCAUUCAAGCGGUACAGCAGGAGGUUCCUCACCAGCAGCAUUGAGGGAGACAUCCAGAAGCUUCUCAGCCAGGCUAAAUAGUCAAAUGUCCUCUAAAAUUAUCCAUCCUACAGAACCCAUUUGAAUCACCCUAUCAGCUUUAUGUUUAUUUGACUUAGUAGCUUCUGUAGAUGCUGUUUGACUCUUUAAAAUCACCUGUGCUAACUUGUACUUGUAUGGCUAUCUUCAGCUAUUUUACUACAUGAAGUCAUCCUCUGAAACCAGGCUUAUUGUGAGGGGGAUAUCUGAUGAAAUGUAAAAGGCUGAACGUUUUCAGCUGCAUUGAGUGCAUCCAAAGCACAGCUGUGGUUUGAUGUAUUAAGAGGACCAAUAAAUGUAUUUUUACAAA